AUGUUCUCACACAAACUACUUCUGGCGUUAUUGGCUAUCGUCUUCUGCUCGAUCGGAGUGCAAGCCCAGCUUUUCCAUCACCAUCAUCAUUUCCAUGGACAUCAUGGAGGAGGAUUCCAUCGCGGAGGUUUUGGGCACGGUCAUGGAGGUUUCGGACAUGGACAUGGUGGAUUUGGUCAUGGCCACGGACAUUUCCACGGAUAA